CGCACUCCAGUUUCCGGGACCCGUGCACAUGCAGAUAAAAAGAGCGCGGAGGGCUGGAGAUUCACAGCGCUCCGAGCCUCCAACCGCGCCUCCUCAGCCUUGCCCAGCUCCACGUUCAAGAUGCACCCAGUGCCCUGCCGCGCCUCCCACACCACCAGCUUGCUGUGCGCGCUACUCGCGCUGCUGCUGCUGUCGCUGGAGCCCCGAGUGCACGCUGGUCCUGUCGCAGCAACGAGAGAGCUUCGCUGCGUUUGUCUGACCAUCACGCCGGGUGUCCACCCCAAAAUGAUCACCAGCCUGCAAGUGACUGCUUCAGGCCCGCAGUGUCCAAGAGUGGAAGUGGUAGCCACCUUAAAGAACGGGAAACAAAUCUGUCUGGACCCAGAAGCCCCAUUGUUCAAGAAAGUUAUCCAGAAAAUACUGGACAGCAGUGGAACUAAGCAAAACUGAUCAAGAGAAAGAAGCAUGCAAUGGCAGCGAUGUCCAGUGCUGCAGAGAGCGGGAGCUCUGCUUCUGUGGAGGCUCUGAAUCCGAGAAUGAAAAGAAAGAAGGGAUGAUUGUUUUUUCCCAGCAGUUUUCUGUGAGGAUUCCCUGGUCUGAAAAGGACCAGGCAAUGUUUGCUGCUGAGUUUUUGCUUAGUUUAUGAAGUGUUUAGUGUAAUAUUUCCUGCUGUUCGCUGUUGCCUGGCAGUUAAUUGUACUGAGUGAAGUAUCAUUGGUGUUAAUAUUUCUAGGACAUAUUCCUUGCACUGUCAGUGAAAGGCUGAUGGUUUAAUAAAUCAUGUUUUGUUACAAUGCUGUUGAGAGAGAGAAAUCUCUUGAAAUAGAAAAUAUUUUAGUGUUAUUUCUGGGAUAACUUGUCACAGAAUUCCUUGCUCUGCAACUGGUAUGCUCUUUAAGUAAUCUUACGUGUAUAAGAAAAUUGGGUAUGUCAUACACGAUUCUAUGUAGAAUAUUUCCUUAUUUAGAAUUUCUAAAUAUUUAAGUUCUAUAAGGAAUAGUAUAUUCUUUCCCUACAACUCUAGACAUUUAAUGUCUUCUCAGUAUGGCAUAAUGUCAUGAUACUCAUUAAAUUUUGAUUUUUAUAUGCUAUUUAUUAACUAUCAUUAGGUAUAUUAUAAUUUACAUCACUAAAUAUAUGUUUUGAGCAGAUGAAGAGGAUAAAAAACAGGCACAUGCUGAGCUUCUAGUUCCUAUAGAAACAUAUUUGCUUUUUAAAUAACAAAUUUACUCUGAAAGUUUUGGAAAUACAUCUAAUAUACUGCAUUAUCAAUUCAUUAUUUAAGCUUUCUGAAGUACACAGCAUUGCUAAGACUUUUAGAUGUCUGUAAGAGAAUUUAAAAGAUUCUGAGUAUUUUGUUAUAGCUUAAAGAAUAUAUGUAUCACACCCACUAUAUUAAAAUGGCACUUUAAAAAUUAUAUGCUAGAUUGG